AUGCAGAGCGCCUUGCAUGGUGGCUUGGCUCCAGCAAUCGCCGGCUUGCUCUGGCCUUCGGAAGUCCAGGUCUUGCAGGCAGCUGCGCAGCGAUUCACGGAGUUGCGGGCCGCUGCGCUUCGCUACCUGACCUCCCCAGAAGCUCGCAGGUCCCUCCUCGAGAUGAUCGCAGCCGCUGCCGGCAGUGCCACGGCGGAGGCGGUCUUGACGUUCGACUCCUCUCCAGCAAAGCCCUGGCCGUCCUUUGAAGAUGCUCUGCUGGUUCUCUGGUGCUGCGAUCAGCCUAUCCACCGGGAGCGAAAGGCCAUGCAAGUUGCCCUCAGAAGUGGCCCUGUGAUGGCCGUGAGGUGGUUGCUUUCUGCACGGGCCGAUGUGGAGCAGCCGGUGGAGGGAGAUUUGACGCCUCUGCGCUUGGCUGCCCGCUUCGGGAGUGAAGAGCUCAUUGAGAUGCUUUUGGAAGGCUCCGCGAACCCCAACAGUCGCGGACGAUUUGGCAACACAGCCUUGAUGGUUGCUGCCAUGCACGGCCAUCACAACAUAGUCGAGCUGCUCCUGAGCAAAGGCUCUCAGGUCAACACGAAUGGCGAUGGCGAGACCGCAAUUGAUCUCGCUUGCCGUUACCCGGAUGUCGCUGACCUGCUGACCAGACAUGUAAGCCAAUAUGGCUGGACCGGUGCUCGGCCGUUGGCCGUCUGCAUGGUUGCCAUCAUCGCCAACACGAUGUACCUGGGUGUCAAUGCGGACUGGAAAAUCAGGAAUGCUUUCGGUCCCAUCGACGGUCGCCAAAGAGAGGUGGAGGAUACCGCUUGGGACAUAACCUUCGCGGUCUGGUUCUCCAUUGAGAUCCUCCUACGCUUGCUGGCUGAAAAGAUCAGCUUUUUCACCGGCGAAGAGCAGGCAUGGAAUCUGUUCGACAGCUUCCUCGUUGUGGAGUCUAUCGUGGGCCUUCUGUUUCCGGUUGGGGCCAAGCUCUCGUUUCUUCGCAUCAUUCGUGUAUUUCGUUUGGCGCGAGUCGUGAAGCUGGUAAAGGCCGUGAAGGCGCUUCGGCGGCUUCGGACAAUGAUAUUCUCGAUCGCCAACUCGUUCAUCGACCUCAUGUGGGCCUUCCUUGUGGUUAUCCUGAUUCUGUUUAUUUUCGGCAUCAUCUUAUCCAACUCAGCUGCUACCUACUUUGAGUCCAUCAACCUGGGAAGCAGUGACGAUAUCGACGAAGCCGUUAACGUGAUAAAACCGCUCUUCGGGAGCCUGCCCGUGACGAUGCUGUCUUUGUGGUGUGCCAUCAGUGGUGGCAAUGACUGGAUGGUGUAUGCAGAAGCGCUGAUGGUGAUGGACCGUGACAACAGCUACGUGUACGUUGCUGUUUUCCUCUUCUACACAGCCUUCUGUGUUGUCGGACUAUUCAACGUUGUGACAGGAGUGUUCGUGGACAGCGCUGUCUGCUGCAGAACGGAAGAUGAAGUUUUGCAGAGCUACAUGGACGAUCUGAAGCACACGACUGCUGAGAUAAAGAAGUUCUUCGAGACCGCGGACUCCGAUGGUUCUGGCACUUUGAGCUACAGAGAGUUCUGUGGCCACCUGAGAAACCCUACGGUCAAGGCGUUCUUUCAUGGUCUGGAUAUUGAUCCGGAAGAGGCCUCCAUCAUUUUCCGAAUUCUUGACGAUGACAAGAACGACGAAAUUCUCAUAGAAGAGUUCAUAAAUGGGACAAUGAAGCUGAAGGGGCAUGCCACGAAGCUCGAGAUGAUAACUCUGAUGUACGACAACACCAGGCAAAGCAUGAAGCUGGACUCGCUUUGCGAGUUCCUGGAGCAAGAGUUUCAAGAGCUACGGAGAGUGAGCAGACCCUGCUCCGGCCAAGGGCUACCGCAGGCCUGGGUUGCUUUGAGGCUAAAGAUUCCCGGUGGACCCUACAGCGUGUUUCAUACGGCCGGACACCUGUGUCCUGGGCGUGUCUUGGGGCUUCUUGUCUGCUCGGUUUCCUUGUCUGUUCCCUUCACUCCCGGCCUUUAG